AUGGAGUGUGAACAAGAGGUGAAAUUUGUUAGUCCAAGUGAAAAUUCUGAUUAUGUCUGCAAUCCUUCAAGAUCUGAAAGGCUUAUUUUGGAAGAGCUUACUCAACCUAGCCGCCUGGGACUUUUAAAGUAUCCACCUUAUAAGAAAGUUUGUAAAAUGUCUGGUAGUACUGAUUAUCAAAAGAAGACAAGAGAUAAGGUUUCUUUUUCAUCUGCUUCUAUGGAUCAAGAGGUUAAAAGCCUUCGAGAGAAACUUAAUAAACUUAGGCAACAGAAUGCUUGUUUGGUCACCCAGAAUCAUUCCCUGAUGACGAGGAUGGAGUCUGUGCACUUUGAACUUACACAGUCAAAAGCAAAAAUGUCUUUGCUUGAGUCUGCGCAAGAACAGGCAGCCAACAUCCCAAUCUUAGAAGAACAGAUUAUAAAUUUGGAAGCAGAAGUUUCAGCUCAAGAUAAAGUUUUAAGAGAAGCAGAAGAUAAAUUAGAGCAGAGUCAGAAAAUGGUGAUUGAAAAGGAACAGAGUUUACAAGAGGCCAAAGAGGAAUGUAUAAAAUUGAAGGUGGACUUACUUGAACAAAGUAAACAAGGAAAAAGAGCUGAAAGACAAAGAAAUGAAGCGCUAUAUAACGCGGAAGAGCUGAGCAAAGCUUUCCAGCAAUAUAAAGAAAAAGUGGCUGAAAAACUGGAAAAGGUUCAAGCUGAAGAAGAAAUAUUAGAGAAAAAUCUUAGUAACUGUGAAAAAGAAAACAAAAGGCUUCAAGAAAAGUGUAAUCUGUAUAAAAGUGAACUUGAAAUUUUGAAAGAGAAAUUCAGGCAGUUAAAAGAAGAGAAUAACAAUGGAAAAGAAAAAUUAAGAAUUAUGGCAAUGAAAAAUUCAGAAGUCAUGUCACAGUUAACUGAAUCUAGGCAAAGUAUCCUGAAGCUAGAGAGUGAGUUAGAAGACAGAGAUGAAGUAUUGCGAGAAAAAUUUUCUUUAGUAAAUGAAAACCGAGAAUUGAAGGUUCGUGUUGCAGCACAGAAUGAACGACUGGAUUUGUGUCAGCAGGAAAUAGAUAGUUCAAGGUUGGAGCUACGGAGCUUAGAAAAACUGAUGUCCCAGAUGCCGUUAAAAAGAGAAGUAGUUGGCUAUAAGUCAUCUCUUUCUAAGCACCAGACAAAUACUUUUUCUAACAAGGAGGACAAUUGCCUUGGCUGCUGUGAGGCAAAUAAAUUGAUGAUUUCGGAAUUGAGGAUUAAGCUUGCAAUAAAAGAGGCUGAAAUUCAGAAGCUUCAUGCAAACCUAACUGUGAAUCAGUUGUCUCAGAAGUGUGCUUCUUGUGAUGGUGUUCAAGAAGGUGGCAAAGUAAACACUUUAGAAACAGAGCCUGUUAAACUAGGUGGUAGUCAAAUUGAAAAUGUGAAGGAGAGAAAUAAACAUACUAUAAACAAACAGUAUGAAAGAGAGAAAGAAAGACUUGCUACUGGAAUAGAAGAACUGCGUGCUAAGCUAAUACAAGUAGAAGCUGAGAAUUCUGAUUUGAAGGUUAACAUGGCACACAGAACUAGGCAAUUUCAGCUGAUUCAAGAGGAACUGCUAGAGAAAGCUUCAAAUGCUAGCAAACUGGAAAGUGAAAUGACAAAGAAAUGUUCUCAACUUUUAACUCUAGAAAAACAGCUGGAAGAAAAAAUUAUUGCAUAUUCUUCUAUUGCUGCAAAAAAUGCAGAACUUGAACAGGAGCUCAUGGAGAAGAAUGAAAAAAUAAGAAACCUUGAAUCUAAUAUCAAUACAGAACAUGAGAAAAUUUGUUUUGCUUUUGAAAAAGCAAAGAAAAUUCACCUUGAACAGCAUAAAGAAAUGGAAAAACAAAUUGAACGACUUGAAAGUCAACUAGAGAAAAGAGACCAGCAAUUCAAAGAACAAGAAAAGACUAUGUCCAUUUUGCAGCAAGAUAUACUAUAUAAACAACAUCACCUUGAAUCACUAGACAGGCUAUUGACGGAAAGUAAAGUGGAAAUGGAAAAAGAAAAUACGAAGAAAGAUGAAGCUUUGAAAGCAUUGCAAAUUCAUGUAUCUGAAGAAACAAUCAAGGUCAGACAACUGGACUCAGCUUUAGAAAUCUGUAAGGAAGAACUUGCUUUGCAUUUGAAUCAGUUGGAAGGAAAUAAGGAAAAAUUUGAAAAACAGCUGAAGAAGAAGUCUGAAGAGGUAAAUUAUUCUUUUAUUUACAUCCACCCACAUACACAGGUAUCAAAGCAGGAACAAGAGCUUCAGAGACUAAAGGAAAGCUCAGCAGAAAAGUUGAGAAAAAUGGAAGAGAAACAUGAAACAGCCAUACACGAUGCUGAUGUGAAAAGGCAAAAAAUUAUCGAGCUUACUGGUACUGUCAGACAAGCUAAACUUGAGAUGGAUCAGUACAAAGAAGAGCUGUCUAAAAUGGAAAAAGAAAUAAUACAUCUGAAACGAGAUGGGGAAAAUAAAUCCAUACAUCUUUCUCAGUUAGAUAUGAUUUUAGAUCAGACAAAGACAGAACUCGAAAAGAGAACAAAUGCAGUGAAGGAGUUAGAAAGGUUGCAGCACCACACUGAAGCUGAACUAACAGAUACCGUGCAGAAACGGGAAGCCCUCGAAACUGAACUGCAGAAUGCUCACGGAGAACUGAAAAGUACCUUAAGACAACUACAGGAACUGAGAGACGUACUACAAAAGGCUCAGUUAUCAUUAGAGGAAAAGUACACUACAAUCAAGGACCUCACUGCUGAACUUAGAGAAUGUAAGAUGGAGAUUGAAGACAAAAAACAAGAACUCGUUGAAAUGGAUCAGGCACUUAAGGAGAGAAACUGGGAGCUAAAGCAGAGAGCAGCUCAGGUUGCACAUUUGGAUAUGACCAUUCGUGAGCACAGAGGAGAAAUGGAACAAAAAAUAAUCAAGUUAGAGGGUACUCUGGAGAAAUCAGAAUUAGAACUUAGAGAAUGCAACAAACAGGUAGAAAGUUUAAAUGAAAAGUUGCAUAAUGCCAAAGAACAGCUUCGGGAGAAGGAGUUUAUAAUGCUCCAGAAUGAACAGGAGAUAAGUCAGCUGAAAAAGGAAACAGAAAGAACACAACAAAGAAUGAAAGAAAUGGAAAAUGUUAUAAAAGAACAGGAAGAGUACAUUGCUACCCAGUACAAGGAGGUCACUGAUUUGGGGCAGGAACUGAGGCUGACUCAGGAGCAAAUGCAGAACUUCCGUUCAGAACUGGCGGAGGCUCGUCGCCAAGAAGUCCAAGCACAGAGAGAAAUAGAAAGACUCUCUAGCGAAUUGGAGGAUAUAAAGCAACUCUCUAAAGAAAAGGAAGCUCAUGGAAAUCGUUUGGCUGAAGAACUAGGGGCCUCUCAAGUACGUGAAGCUCAUUUAGAAGCAAGAAUGCAAACAGAAAUAAAGAAAUUAUCCUUAGAAGUAGACUCUCUCAAAGAAGCUUAUCAUAUGGAGAUGAUUUCACAUCAAGAGAAUCAUGCAAAGUGGAAGGUUUCUGCUGAUUCUCAGAAGACGUCUGUUCAACAGCUAAAUGAACAACUAGAGAAAGCAAAACUAGAAUUAGAAGAAGCUCAGGAUACAGUAAGCAAUUUGCAUCAACAAGUUCAAGACAGGAAUGAAGUCAUUGAAGCUGCAAAUGAAGCAUUGCUUAUUAAAGAAUCAGAAUUAACCAGAUUGCAAGCCAAAAUUUCGGGACAUGAAAAGACAGAAGACCCCAAGUUUCUCCCAGCUUCAUUUGCAGCUCUAACAGAAAUUAUGCCUGAUAGUCAAGAUCCUAAGUUUGCCAAACAUUCUCAGAUAUCACUCUUUAAAUGCAGAAAACUACGUCGCUCUAUUAGUGCCAGUGACCUUAGUUUCAAAAGUCAUGGCAACGAAGAUCUCUCUGAAGAAUUGCUACAGGACUUAAAGAAAAUGCAAUUAGAACAGCCCUCAGCAUCAGGAGGUGGUCGUAAAGCCCUAGCUUCCAACCGUUCAGAUUCAUCUAAACCUCUCCCAUAUAACCUGGAAGAUGACAGUUCUGAAAGUAAUGACUUUAGUACUCUUAGUGGAAUGCUAAGAUAUAUAAACAAAGAAGUGAGAUUGUUAAAAAAGUCUUCUCCGCAGACAGCUGCUGGUUUAACUCAGGUGAGUACAGGUGUCUUCAGAGUCUAGAAGAAAACAUGGGAUCCCCUGGAUGUGGGGUUGCAGGCACUUGUGACCUGGGUGUCCUGAAAUGGAAAGAACUACUCAACUGCUGAGCCUCUCUCCAGCCCUGCAUCUGAUUUUCAUGUCUCCCAGCUGGAGUUUAAAACGUGGUUUAACCGUAUGCUCCUAUAUUAAUUAGCAUUACCAGAAUUACUUGCUUUUUAAUAACCAUGUGAUAUAUUACUGACAUUUUCUGAUUUUUUAAUUGGUUAAUAUUUCCUGCUUUAUCUUUAAAUUAUGUGCUUGAAUGUUAUGGUAGAUUUUAAUGCUAAGUAAUUAUAAUUUUAAUAUUCAUAAUAUUAAUCUAUUUUGCAUUCCAGGGAGGAAAAUUGUAAUUAAAAGAAGAUGUCUAUGUCAUGAAAAAUGGAAUUGGUACUGUACUGGUUUUUAUAUAUA